GUGCGGACGAGUGCAGUCGCCUCCAACGCCUUAGAGCGGCGCCCCAGUCACUGCAGCUUUUCAGCCUAGAGCUGUGCCCAGGGACCACAGAGACCAAGAGCCAGGAAAUCGGCCGAGAGGAUGCAGAUCUGCUAACUGGAUUUGAUUUGUAAGAGGGCAAUCUACAGUCAAUGGCCACUCUUGUCACAUUGCUACUAUGGAAAACAGAAUGGUCAAUAGGAUAUGGUCUGAUAAAUAGUGAUGAUUGAAGAUGCUACUUCAAUACGUGUGAAAUCAAUGGGAGAUACUGGAUGCAUAAAGAGCUUUCUAGCUUUUCUUGACAAGCUUGCCUUGAAGAAGUUGGAGGUGUGUUCUACCAUUAUCCAGUCUUUCUAAAGCGGAUACAAAUACCUUUGCCUCACUGUAACCAGACAACUACACAACUAAUGUGGGACCAUGGCACUGCCCAGAUGCAUGUGGCCAAAUUAUGUGUGGAGAGCAGUAAUGGCCGGCUUGGUACACAGGGGAUUGGGUGCCUCAUUGACUCUCUGUGUGUUGGGAUGUUUACUUCAGGCUGCCCAUGUGCUUUCACAAAAAUUGGAUGAUGCAGACCCACUGGUCACUACCAACUUCGGCAAGAUAAGAGGGAUGAAGAAAGAACUCAAUAAUGAAAUUUUGGGGCCUGUUAUUCAGUUUCUUGGGGUUCCAUAUGCAGCCCCACCAACAGGGGAACAUCGUUUUCAGCCUCCAGAACCACCAUCUCCCUGGUCAGAUAUCAGGAAUGCAACUCAGUUUGCUCCUGUGUGUCCCCAGAAUAUCAUUGAUGGCAGAUUGCCAGAAGUCAUGCUUCCUGUGUGGUUUACUAAUAACUUGGAUGUGGUUUCAUCAUAUGUGCAAGACCAGAGUGAAGACUGCCUAUAUUUAAACAUAUACGUUCCGACUGAGGAUGUAAAAAGAAUAUCCAAGGAAUGUGCCAGAAAGCCCGGCAAGAAAAUAUGUAGAAAAGGAGGUCCCCUUACAAAGAAACAGACAGAUGAUUUAGGUGAUAAUGACGGUGCGGAAGAUGAAGAUAUUCGGGACAGUGGGGGUCCCAAACCAGUGAUGGUGUAUAUCCAUGGAGGCUCAUAUAUGGAAGGUACUGGAAAUUUAUAUGAUGGGAGUGUCUUGGCAAGUUAUGGCAAUGUGAUCGUCAUCACAGUCAACUAUCGACUUGGGGUACUUGGUUUCUUAAGCACAGGGGAUCAGGCUGCAAAAGGAAACUAUGGACUCCUUGACCUCAUACAGGCUUUAAGAUGGACUAGUGAGAACAUUGGAUUCUUUGGUGGUGACCCCUUAAGAAUCACUGUUUUUGGAUCUGGCGCUGGGGGUUCAUGUGUCAAUCUGCUGACUUUAUCCCAUUAUUCUGAAGGACUUUUUCAACGAGCAAUAGCUCAAAGUGGAACAGCCCUUUCCAGCUGGGCUGUUAGUUUCCAACCUGCAAAAUAUGCUAGAAUGUUGGCCACAAAAGUUGGUUGCAAUGUUUCAGAUACAGUAGAGUUAGUGGAAUGCCUACAGAAGAAGCCUUACAAAGAACUUGUUGACCAAGAUAUUCAACCAGCACGAUACCACAUAGCCUUUGGACCUGUGAUUGAUGGUGAUGUAAUACCAGAUGACCCUCAGAUAUUGAUGGAGCAAGGAGAGUUUCUCAACUAUGAUAUAAUGUUAGGAGUUAACCAAGGGGAAGGGUUAAAAUUUGUUGAAAAUAUAGUAGAUAGUGAUGAUGGUAUAUCAGCUAGUGAUUUUGACUUUGCUGUUUCCAAUUUUGUUGAUAAUUUAUAUGGAUAUCCUGAAGGCAAAGAUGUUUUGAGAGAAACCAUUAAAUUCAUGUAUACUGACUGGGCUGACCGUCAUAACCCUGAAACCAGAAGGAAGACAUUAUUGGCUUUGUUUACAGACCAUCAGUGGGUGGCACCAGCUGUAGCUACAGCAGAUCUUCACUCAAACUUUGGUUCACCUACAUAUUUCUAUGCCUUUUACCAUCAUUGCCAAACAGAUCAGGUUCCAGCUUGGGCAGAUGCAGCUCAUGGGGAUGAAGUUCCCUACGUACUAGGAAUCCCCAUGAUUGGACCUACAGAGUUAUUUCCUUGCAAUUUCUCCAAAAAUGAUGUGAUGCUGAGUGCAGUUGUAAUGACAUACUGGACAAAUUUUGCUAAAACUGGUGACCCAAAUCAACCAGUCCCUCAAGACACAAAAUUCAUCCAUACCAAACCCAACCGCUUUGAAGAAGUAGCAUGGACCAGAUAUUCCCAGAAAGAUCAACUUUAUCUCCAUAUUGGAUUAAAACCAAGAGUUAAAGAACAUUAUAGAGCCAAUAAGGUGAACCUCUGGUUGGAGCUGGUACCUCAUCUGCAUAAUCUCAAUGACAUUUCUCAGUAUACCUCGACAACAACUAAAGUGCCAUCAACUGACAUCACUUUCAGACCUACGAGAAAGAAUUCUGUACCUGUCACAUCAGCAUUUCCCACUGCCAAGCAGGAUGAUCCCAAACAACAACCGAGUCCAUUUUCAGUCGAUCAAAGGGACUACUCCACAGAGCUGAGCGUCACUAUUGCAGUUGGAGCAUCACUGCUGUUUCUGAACAUCCUUGCCUUUGCAGCCCUGUACUACAAAAAGGAUAAGAGGAGACAUGACGUUCAUAGGAGAUGCAGCCCUCAGCGUACUACAACCAACGAUCUGACCCACGCACAAGAAGAGGAGAUCAUGUCCCUCCAAAUGAAGCACACUGAUUUGGAUCAUGAAUGUGAGUCCAUCCAUCCACAUGAGGUGGUUCUUCGGACCGCCUGCCCCCCAGAUUACACACUAGCUAUGAGGAGGUCACCUGAUGAUGUUCCCUUAAUGACACCCAACACCAUUACAAUGAUUCCCAAUACUAUACCAGGGAUUCAACCCUUACACACAUUCAAUACAUUUACUGGAGGACAGAACAAUACUCUGCCCCAUCCCCAUCCCCACCCCCAUUCACAUUCAACAACCAGGGUAUAGCCAGAUAAGAGAAACAAACUCUAUUUUUUUGAUGGAUUGCAGUAAAAGAUUACUGAAGAUUCCUUGGCUUUCAACCUA